AUGAAAUACUUCGCGCUUGCCUCGAUACUUUCCCUCGUCUAUGGCCAAGUCACCUACCAGGACGCUUCAAGUACCAUCCUCCGCACGGACAACGGGACAUAUGGACCGCCUUUAGAGGAGUUCCAUUACUACUAUGACCAAUGGCCCAUCGGCCUUGCCGUCUCAAGCACGGGCAGGCUAUUCGUCUGCUACACGCGCGGCGAAUACGCCUACACUCUCGGAGAAGCAGUGAACAAAACCGCAGAAGCCCCAUACCCAUCCGCCGAGCUGAACCUCCCCGUCUCCGCCCUCAACACGAGCUACAACGGCAUCCCCUUCGGCAGCGCCGAUUCCAGCGGCCUCAUCAGCGUGCAGGCGCUGUACAUCACGCCCAAAACCGCCACCCGCGACGAGACCCUCUGGGCCCUCGACACGGGUCGGCCGUCCAUCACAAACUCCCAAGGCGCAGUCACCGUGCCCUACGCCCAACCGGGCGGCCCGAAGCUGGUCGCCAUAUCCCUCGCCAACGACUCCAUCUACGAGACCUACACUUUCCCCGCCGACGUCCACUACCCGGACAGCUACAUGAACGACGUACGCUUCGACCUGCGCCCCAACACCACCUCCUCCUCCGGCGGCAAGGGCGUCGCCUACAUCGUCGACUCCAGCGACGAAGGGCGCCCCGGCUUCAUCGUCCUCGACCUCGGCACGGGGCAGUCCUGGCGACGCCUGACGCAAGACCCGUCCGUCCUGCGCGUCGACAGCGACGUGCCGAGCUACCACGGUCAGCCCUUCUACCAGCGCAGCCCCGGCGGCCGCCAACCGCUCGGGCACCUCCGCGAGGGGCUCGACGGGCUCCAGAUCUCGCCCGACGGGCAGACCAUCUACUACUCGCCCCUGACCGGAAACUACCUCUACUCCGUCCCGGCGGCCAACCUCCUGCGGCGCGACGCGCUGGCCGAGCGCGCGGCCAAGAACGCGGUGUCGAACCUCGGCCAGCGCGGCGGCAACGCCAACGGCUUCGAGGGCGACUCGAACGGGCUGGUCUACCAGCUGGUCCCGGAGCACAACGCCGUGUACUACUUCGACCCGCGCGACCUGCAGACGCACGCCUUCGUGCGGGAUCCGCGCAUACUCUGGCCCGACUCGGCGAGCGUGGGCGAGGACGGGUGGUUGUACGUCAACGUGAAUCAGCUGAUGUUCCAGCCGGCGUGGAAUGGUGGGCGGGAUGGGAGGGUGCAUCCCGGGGUGGUGUUGAGGGCGAAGGUGCCGGAGGGGGGGAGGAAGAUUAUGGGGGUGUAUUGA